AUGCCUCACUAUUCCGAAAAGAAUAUAUUCCCCAUGCAAGGCGGCUGCCCAUGCGGCCACGUUCGCUACCAAGUCAAGCAGGCGCCGCUGCUCGUCCACUGCUGCCAUUGCACCUCUUGCCAGCGUGAGCUCGGCACCGCCUUUGCCGUCAACGCCAUCGUCGAGUCGGACCGGCUGGAGCUCCUCCCGUCUGCGCAGCCUGCUGUCCCCGGAUCCAAGGGCGUGCCGGGGGGCGCGUUGGCCGGCUUCAACGCGGCCUUUGCACGGCUGACUUUGUCUGAUGCUACUUGCGGGCCCGUCGGGGCAAAGACUGAGGGCGCCGAGCUACAGGCCGCUGCAAACGCAGACAGGGACAAUGAAACCGGCACGGUCGAGCUAGUUACUCUCCCGACUGAGUCGACUGUUGGGUUGACGGUUGCGCAGUGUUGCGUCUGCCACUCUGGCCUUUGGGCUCACUAUGCUGAUGGGGGUCCUUACACGACGUAUCUUCGGGUUGGGACCCUCGAUGCCGCGUAUGAGAUUGAUCCCGAUGUUCACAUUUUCACGCGCUCCAAGAGGGAUUUUGUGGGGUUGGCGGAUGGAAAGCCUCGGUUUGAGGCGUAUUACAAGACGAGGGAGGACUUUAUUCGUGACGACUGCAAGGGCCGGUAUGCUGCGCUGGAAGAGAAGACGGGUGCGUACAUGGCGGAGUUGAGGGCCGCAUUGGGCGAGUAG